UUUCCAUGACCUUCCCAAGAUGGCGCCCUAUGUGUCGCUGGAAUUGAGGGACGGAAGUGCUGCCCGGAGAUAACAAAUAUGGCGGAGUGAGGGGGAUGUUGUGACGGGCUGUGUAAUAUGGAUAAGAAGAAGAAGGUGUUGGCGGUGACCGCGGCCUCGCUGGUCGAUCUCAAAGCCGAACUUUUCCGCAAACAAGAAGAAUUCCAGCGCGAUAAAUUCUCCAAGGCUGCCGGCGGGCCCUCGCAGCCAAGAGCGGUCCCUAAGAAGCCUAAUAUCUGGAAUAAGCAGAAUGUCGGGGUCUCGGCCCGAGCGGAGAAAGAUGCCGAGCAGAAAGCUGAAGAGAACAAUUCCCUUGACAAAUCCAGGAAGAAGUUGGAGGAGAAAGCUCUCCUGUAUGAGAAGAUGACCAAAGGAGAUUUUCCUGAUGAGGAGACGGAGGAGCUGUACCUGGUGGAUUUUGCACAGAAGAUUAUAGAGAAGCGGAGAGAGGUGCAGACAUUGUGUCACAAGGAGCGCAAGACGAACAAUGGGGAGGAGGACGACGACACCAGAGCGCCAGAUCUGCCGGUUCCGGGUCCUAAAGACCCCGAGGAGGAAUGGGUGGAUUAUGUCGAUUCGCUAGGCCGAUCGAGGCGCUGUAUGAAGAAGGAUCUACCGGACCUUUUGAAAAUGGACAAAAAUCUACAAGGAAAAAAACCGGCUGCUCAGGAAAAGACUUUACUGUCCGAGGAUAUGAGACAGGAGAUGCAAAGACAGCAGUGGGAACAGGAAGAGGAAGAAGCCUUGAAGAGACCGAUGGGCCCCUUACAUUAUGAGGACAUAAGAGACAAUGAGGCCAGGCAGCUGGGUGUUGGCUACUUUGCCUUUGCCAAGGAUGAACAGAGCCGCCAGAAGCAAAGAGAAACGCUGGAUAUGCUGCGAGAUCAGACUGAAGAUCAAAGGGUAAAGCGUGAACGCCUAAAAGCAAAGCGUAAAGCAAUGCUGGACGCACGGCUCGCCAAACUGCGGCAGCGUAAAGGGAAAAACGUGGCAGAAGGAGAGGAGCCGGGGGCAGCUCAGGAAGCUGAAAUGAUCGGGCCACAGCCAGAAGAGUCCCCUGAGCUGGAGAAGAAGGUGGAAGUUGUCGUUCAAGAGCGAAGAGAUACCAAACCCGGAGUCCCUCAUGUCAGGGAGUGGGACAGAGGCAAAGAAUUCACAUUCGGUCAAUGGUCCAAAGUCUGUGACGACCUGAGAAACGAACGCGAACCCGAGUUUGCACCGCCGUCCGUCUACGCUUCAAAGACAAAGAGCACUAAAAGGAAUCGGAAGAAGAAGAAAAAGGGGAACCAGGCGGGACCUUCUAAUGACCCGUCGGGGUCGGGUGUAGAACACAACCAGCAUGCACAGGAAGCACCGGGACCCAACAAGCCCGCCAAGCUGGAUGAGCGGAGUCUGGAUGAAAUGUUGUCUUAUUACAGGAAGGCGACCUGAUCCUACAACACUGUGCAGAGAUGAGGGUGGGGGGGGGGCU